AUGUGCCCAGAAAAAAAGGGCGCGUUUGAGAACGUUUCACUCUCCCGACGCACUGUAACGAGGCGGAUUGAGGACAUCGCGGGAAAUUUAGAGCUGAAGAAAAGAGCGGCCGACUUUGACUUUUUUUCUCUGGCUUUGGAUGAGAGCUGCGAUGUACGUGACACCGCCCAGCUGCUCAUCUUCUUACGUGGGAUAACCGCAGACUUUCAAAUCACGGAGGAGUUGGCAGCCAUGCAGUCAAUAAAAGGGACAACCACAGGUAAUGACUUGUUCAGAGAGGUAAAUGCAUGUAUGGACAUGUUAGGACUGAAAUGGGACAAGCUUGCAGGUGUGACAACAGAUGGUUGUCCAAAUCUGACCGGGAAAAAUGUUGGACUUUUAAAGAGAAUGCAGGAUAAAGUGACAGAAAUGAACCCUGAUCAGAAAUUGACAUUUUUGCAUUGUAUCAUACAUCAGGAAGUGUUGUGUAAGACAGUGUUAAAAAUGAAACAUGUUGUUGAUUCUGUCACUAAAAUAGUUAACUUCAUCAAAGCGAGAGCUUUAAAUCACAGACAGUUUGUUGCUUUGUUGGAGGAAAAUGAGGCUGAACAUGGUGACAUAAGCUAUCACUGCACUGUUAGGUGGCUCAGCCUUGGCAAAAUUCUGAAAAGUGUCUGGGACCUGAGAGACCAGAUUCAGGAGUUCUGUGUUCAGAAAGGUCAUGACGUCUCAGAACUUUCAGAUGAAGACUGGUUGGCAGACCUCGGAUUCACUGUGGAGAAACUGCAGAGCAAGGGCCUUUUUGUGCAUGAGAUGUACAGUGCAGUGAAGGCUUUUAUGAGAAAACUGCAGCUUCUCUCAAGCCAAGUGAAGGACAACAUUCUGACCCACUUGCCAACACUUAAGGAAGCCAAAAGAUCAGGCGAUCACCUCCAAAAGUACUCAACCAUGUUAGAAACAUUGCAUGCAGAGUUUUCAAGGCGAUUUCAAGAUUUCAAAACUCUUGAGAGUGAAAUGCACAUGGUCUCUUCUCCCUUCAACUGCAGUGUGGAUGAUGCGCCAAGUGAAGUUCAGAUGGAACUCAUAGAUCUGCAGUCUGACACACUUCUGGCAGAUCACUUCAAGUCAGUCUCACUGCUGGAUUUUUACUCCUCCCUCAAAGAGGAGAACUUUCCACACCUGAGGAAGCAUGCUCAGAGGAUCCUAGUCCUCUUUGGAUCUACCUAUCAUUGUGAACAGACAUUCUCAGUUAUGAAGUUUAACAAAUCCAAACAUAGAUCCUCUAUGACUGAUGACCACCUCUCAGCUGUCCUUCGCAUAGCCACUUCAGACAUUCCGCCAGAUUUCAAUGCCCUUGUUCAAGCCCAGAACAGACUGGAUUAUUCUCACUGA